CCCAAGUGACCACCUAGAGGAAGAGCUAGCGAGAUGAGAGUUGCGGUGGUGGGAGCCGGGUUGAGCGGGCUGGCAGCGGCGCAGGAGCUCGCGGCGAGCGGCGGCGCUCGCGUGACUGUGUACGAGAAGGAAGACUGGCUUGGCGGGAGUGCCAGGACCGUGCCCGUCGACGACGGCGCCGGCCUCGUCCACCUCGACCUUUGCCCCAUGGUCUUCAACCAGGUUAUUUUCCGCUGUAUGCACUGGCUUCAUACGUGGUGUAUUCUACAUCGAACGAAGUAUAAACCGUUGUUCAAGGCGGUGUGUAUGAGGUUGGAGAUGGUGGCCAUGGAGGUUUUUACCCAACAUGGAUGGUAGCAUAACUCCGGAUCGGUCCACCGCCUCCUUCAAGAUAGGCAUAGUGUCGGUCCUAUAUGAAUUUUCUGCUGCUGAUAUGUUGUUUUAUAUUUUCUUUUGUCAGAUUGUCGGUCUUUGGCCAUGUGCAUCUUAGUUGUGCAGAGACCGUGUGUUGCUUAUCAUGCUAUAUAUCCGCUUGAUGCUACAUUUUGAGUUAAUAAAAGUGCCUUUUAUCAAAAAAUAAAACUACUCCCUAGAGCAUGUCCAGAUAGACAACUAGAAGUACUCUAAUUAGAUCAUCUACUUUUUUGGGACUAAUUAUAUCAUCUAGUUGAAGUGACUUCACAUACUUUAUUUCAUAUAUAUACCCCACAACCAGUUAGUACAUAGGAUCCCACAAGUAAAUAACCCGACAAGAAUAUGAUAAUCUUAUUUUGCCAAAUACACAUGUUAUCGUUCCUACCUAGGGAAGGCACGUCUAUUGUAUUAUUAAUAAGGAUAAGGCUCAUUUGACUCGAAGGAUUUCAUAGCAUUUUUAGAGAAUUUGUAUUGAUCCUAAUCUUAGGAGUCAAAGUACUAAGAACCAUUCAACUAACUGAAUUCAAAAUAUUGUCAAAAUUAGUUUAACUAAUGGAAAAUAUCCAUAUACUCCCUUCAUUCCAUAAUUUAGUGCAUAUAGAUUUUUUAAAAAGUCAAACCUCAUAAAUUUUGACAAAGUUUGUUGAGAAAGAGAUUUACAUAUAGAAUGUCAAACAUACAUCAUUAGAUUAAUCAUGAGAUUUAGUUUCAUAUUUUAUAUAUUUGGUACUAUAGAUAUGAAAUAUUUUCUCUGUAAAAUCGAUCAAUGUUGCAAAGUUAGUUUUUUUAAGAAUUUUGUAAGCCCUACAUUAUGGAAUGAAGGGAGUGUUACAAAAAAAGAAAGAAAAAUUGCAUGCACCUCAAUAUAAAUUUAAAGUAAUAACAUGAAAUAUCUACAUUUAAAACCAUUUUGAUAUAUUUAUUUUCAGUUAAAACAUUUUAAAAAUAUUUUCAAAAUUGGCUUAGCUAUUGACAAAUAUUUCUAUAAUGCAAAAGUAAAAAAUAUUCGUAUGUUUAAUUUGAAAUGUUCAUUUGAUGUAUAAAAAUGUCCCAUUAUACGUUUUAUGUAUUGUAAAAUAGAGUUCAUGUUUUUCAAAAGAGGGAUCAUGUUUUUGAAAAUAGUUAUCCAUGCAUGUAUAUAUGAAUAACAAAAAAAAUGUAAAAUGUACACAAAUACAAGAAGAGAAAAGAAAGUAAAUACAUAAACAAAUAAAAGGAUAAAACAAUUGUAUUUUGUUUACAUAAGCUAAUGAUUAUGUUGGAAAUGGAAUUUCACUUCUUUCACAUUUGUACCUAUAUAAUGAUAUUUAGGUAUGCCUAUCAUCUUAACUACUAUGACUCGUAACAGAAUGUUUAACCUCUUAAUGAACACAAAAUAUAUUUUAGACAUUUUAAACAUGUGUUAAACUGUGAUAAAAAAACAUGUGUUAAACUUGUUAUAGUGUUAUAUUAUGCAUUGAACCAGGCAACAUGUCCCAACAUGAUGCAAUUGUUAGAGUUUCUCGGGUUGGAAAUUGAAAGAACGGAGAUACCUUUCUCGGUGAGCAUAAAAUUGGAUAAUGGAAGCCAAUGCUACUGGAGCACUAGCAAUGGUAUCUCAAGCCUUUUGGCACAAAAGAGCAAUGCAUUACGGCCUAGCUUUUGGUGCAUGAUCCGUGAGAUAAUUAAGUUCAAGACCGACGUGCUCAGGUACCUGGAUUAUUAUGAAAGUAACCCUGAUCUUGAUCAAAAUGAAACUUUGGGGCAAUUUGUUCAGUCGCAUGAAUAUUCACACCUUUUUCAAGAAGCUUAUCUUAUUCCUAUAUGCACAUCUGUUUGGUGUUCUCCAUCACAAGGAGUUCUGGGGUUCUCUGCUGUCUCUGUGCUGUCAUUUUUCCGAAACCAUGACCUUUUUCAGUUGUUUGGGCACCCUGAGUCCUUCAUUGUCAAGGGUUGUUUGCAGUCAUUUGUAGACAAGGUAAGAGUGGAACUAGAAGGCAUGGGUUGUCGAAUUAAGACCAGCUGUGCAGUCAAAUCUGUUUCAUGUGAUGACGGAGGUGGUUAUAGAGUCCAAGAGGAGGAUGGUUCAGAAGAAAUUUAUGACAAAGUCAUACUUGGGAUUCAUGCUCCAGCUGCUCUGAAAGUACUAGGUGCUGAAGCUACACAUGAGGAAUUGAGAAUUCUUGGUGCUUUUCAGUAUGUCUGCAGUGAUGCAUACCUCCACUGUGAUAAAAGUUUGAUGCCACAAAAUUUAUCUGGAUGGAGCGCCUGGAACUUUCUGGGGGAAACAAGCAGGGAUAUGUUUGUUACCUACUGGCUAAACCUGAUUCAGAACAUUGAAUCUGCUAAGACAUUCCUUGUGACGAUCAAUCCACCUCGUGUUCCGGAUCAUGUACUACUUAAAUGGUGUGUGAGCCAUCCUGUUCCGUCUGUGGCUGCUGUGAACGAAUCUAUGCAGCUUGAUCAGAUCCAGGGGAAGAGAGGAAUAUGGUUCUGUGGGGCAUAUCAAGGUCAUGGUUUCCACGAAUACGGACUGAAGGCUGGCAAAGCAGCAGCUCAAGGUGUGCUUGGAAAGAAAUGUGACAUUCUGGUGAUCCCAAAGCAGAUAGUCCCAUCGUGGACCGAGGCCGGGGCACGUCUUCUGGUAGCAAGAUUUCUUAACCGAUCGAUAUCCAUCGGAAACUUGAUAUUGCUCGAAGAUGGAGGCAGCAUGCUUAGCUUCGGAAAUGUUAGUUGCAAACACCAUGUAAAAUCAGUCCUGCGAGUUCAUGACCCAAUGUUCUAUUGGAAGGUUGCAACAGAGUCUGACCUUGGUUUGGCAGAUGCCUACAUUAACGGUUGGUGCUCUUUUGCUGAUAAAAAAGAGGGCCUUCUGAAUCUGUUCCUGAUUUUUAUAGCCAACAGAGAUGCACCUAAGAGCAGUAGCAACGUUGUCAGCAAAAGGGGUUGGUGGACACCUAUGCUUCUAACCGCUGGGCUGGCAUCUGCUAAAUAUUUUUUGCGCCACACCUCAAGGAAGAACUCUGUAACACGAACUCGUCGAAAUAUCUCACAACACUAUGAUCUGGGCAAUGAUUUCUUCUCGCUUUUUCUGGACAAAACGAUGACAUACUCUUGUGGAAUUUUCAAGAGGGAGGAUGAAAGCUUAGAGGAAUCCCAGAUACGUAAACUGAACCUUCUAAUUGACAAGGCGAAAGUUGAGAGGGAUCAUUAUGUCCUUGACAUCGGCAGCGGCUGGGGCAGCUUAGCAAUACAAGUGGUCAAGCAAACUGGCUGCAAAUACACUGGAAUAACAUUGUCGGAGGAGCAGCUUAAAUAUGCUCAGGGAAAAGUUAAAGAAGCUGGCUUAGAGGAUCACAUAACUUUCCUGCUGUGCGACUACCGUCAGAUACCAGCUCGCAAAUAUGACAGAAUCAUAAGCUGCGAGAUGAUCGAACAUGUUGGCCAUGAAUACUUGGACGCAUUUUUUACCUGCUGCGAGUCUCACUUGGCUCAAGAUGGCAUUUUUGUCCUACAGGCCAUCACCAUGCCGGACGAACUCUACGAGGAAUACAUUAGAAGCCCAGGCUUCAUAAAAGAAUACAUUUUCCCUGGGGGUUCACUUCCUUCUUUAUCCCGGAUAACAUCUGUGUCCGCCUCUGCUAGACUCUGCAUAGAGCACCUCGAAAAUAUUAAUGGCGACCAGUAUUACCUGACUCUGAGGAGCUGGAGGGACAACCUAAUGGCCAACAAAGAUGAAAUUUUGGCACUGGGCUUUGAUGACAAGUUCAUCCGUGUAUGGGAGUACUACUUCAUAUACUGUGCAGCCGGUUUCAGAACAAGGACACUUGGAGAUUACCAGGUUGUGUUUUCUCGUCCGGGCAACAAUAAGCUGGCCCUGGCUUGAGAACUGAUCCUUGAUCCUCUUCACUCAGCUACCAAGCUAUGUGUAUCUAGCGCUCAUCUUAAUCCUUGAUCCUUGAUCUUGUCAGUUCUUUCAAGGUUUGCAGCUGGGCUCCCGGUGGCCUAAGAGUGGUUUUUAUCUGUGUUGCUUUAAUGGUUCAUGUGGUUUGUACGGGCAGUGUGUUCUGCUCAUGUAUCUUUUGUUGCAAAAAUUUCAGUUAUUUCCAAAAUAGUAGUGUAGUAUUGUUGCUCCAGAAUCCUAUGAGAAAGAGUUAGUUCACCUGUUUUAGCUGUUACCAGAUACCAGUUCUUUACCAUACUUUUAGCAUUGACCCCCUUUCUUCUACCAUGUACCUUUUUCUAGAGGUUAUAGGAGACGUUGAUUAUGCUAUUGUGCAUGAUUCCUCAA